AUGAAUAUCUAUACUGAAACAUUGUACAAAAACUUAACAAAAAAUGUUCCUGAAUUUGUCCUGCAAGGAUUCCCAGGAAUUCCUGCUGGGUAUUAUGGGUUGGUAGGAACAUUUUUUUUAUUUAUUUAUCUGAUGCUGACAUCUGGAAACAUUUUCAUCCUUGUAUUUGUGGCAUGUGAAAGAAGUCUUCAGAAGCCAACAUACAUCAUCUUCUGUAAUCUUGCAAUAUCAGAUCUUGGAUUUGGAACUACAACUCUGCCCAGAAUCAUUGCUAAGUAUUGGAUGUCCGAUAUCAUCUCAUUCAAUAGUUGUAUCACACAAAUGUAUUUUGUCCAUUAUUUUGGGGCUUGCAGCUCAUUUCUUAUGGCAUUAAUGGCUCUUGAUCGAUUUGUUGCAAUUUGUAACCCACUGAGAUAUCCAGUUCUGAUUAAGAACGCAAAUAUUGCGAUUCUUUGUUCAGUGCUUUGGAUAGGAAACCUCCUCCAGCUUGGUGCAAUUACUUCAUUAGCCCUUAGUGUGCCUUACUGUGGUCCAAAUGUUAUAGAACACUGCUACUGUGACUAUAUUUCAAUAAUUAAUCUAGCAUGUGCAGACAUAACACCAACAAAACCAAUUAGUACUUCCAUUGCCAUGACCGUACUAUGGGGUCCUUUAUUUUAUAUCAUAUUUUCUUAUGUGGCCAUUAUUAUUUCAGUCAUGAAAAUCUCAAGUAAAGAGGGACGACAUAAAACUUUUUUAACAUGUACUCCACAACUGUUAAUUAUAUGUCUGUACUAUCUCCCCAGAAGCUUUGUGUAUAUGGCAUUUGCUGUUGGAUAUCAUUUCGAAACAAACAUCCGUAUUGCACUGGUAAUGAUGUACAGUCUUUUCCCUGCCCUCAUCAAUCCACUCAUUUACUGUUUUAGGACCAAAGAAAUUAAGGACACAUUAAUGAGGAAAUUUAAGCAAAGACAGUUGAGUGUAAAUGGAAAAACCCUUUCACCUUAA